AUGGGACAAAAAAUAAAUCCACUUGGUUUCAGACUUGGUACAACCCAAAAACACCAUUCCUUUUGGUUCGCACAACCAAAAAAUUAUUCUGAGGGUCUACAGGAAGAUAAAAAAAUAAGGAAUUGUAUCAAGAACUAUAUACAAAAAAAUAGGAAAAAGGGCUCGAAUAGAAAAAUAGAAUCAGACUCAAGUUCCGAAGUAAUUACACAUAAUAGAAAAAUGGACUCAGGUUCAAGUUCCGAAGUAAUUACACAUAUAGAAAUUCAAAAAGAAAUUGAUACGAUCCACGUCAUAAUCCAUAUAGGAUUUCCAAAUUUAUUAAAGAAAAAGGGAGUAAUCGAAGAAUUAGAGAAAGAUCUACAAAAAGAAAUUAACUCUGUAAACCAGAGACUUAAUAUUUCUAUCGAAAAAGUUAAAGAGCCUUAUAGACAACCUAACAUUCUUGCAGAAUAUAUAGCUUUUCAAUUAAAAAAUCGAGUUUCAUUCCGAAAGGCAAUAAAAAAAGCCAUUGAAUUAACUAAAAAAGCAGAUAUAAGGGGAGUCAAAGUAAAAAUAGCGGGUCGUCUCGGAGGAAAAGAAAUUGCACGUGCGGAAUGCAUCAAAAAGGGUAGACUUCCUCUCCAAACAAUUCGCGCUAAAAUUGAUUAUUGUUGCUAUCCAAUUCGAACUAUCUAUGGAGUAUUAGGUGUAAAAAUUUGGAUAUUCGUAGAUGAAGAAUAA